AUGUUGCCCUCUGAAUCCAUCUUUAACUGGAACGUGCUCCACGCCGAACUGCAAUCGCUCGAACCCAUUCCUAACUCAGCAUGGGAGUCCUACGAGGAACUUGCUGGAGAACCAGGGUUGUUGGCAGCCACAUUGGGCUCCGAUCCAGCCGCUUCUAAGGCACAAGUGCCCGAUUUUAAAAACACGGAAUACUCGUUCACAGCUGACGACUUCGAUUCAGCAUUGAUAAUGAGAGCUUUGUACGGACAGCCUGUCUCAGCACCGAAAGCAGAUGGAAAGACUGAGCUUCCUCAGAGCAGUGUUUCCAAGGAUAGCUUAGUUUCUAAGAGUGCUACACCUGCGGUUUCUCUUAAACCAUCAGAUAAUACGAAAACAUCUAGCGAAAAAACACUUCCUUCUAUCACUCUCCAAGCUUCUGUUCCACCGAGUUCCAUCCAACCACGUUGGGAAUCGUGGAGAAAUCCUAGUAGUCGUGAAUCUGAGAAGCCAAGCAAUGGAGGGACUGCUCCGUCUAGUGAUUCAUGGAGAAGUAACACCAGCGGUUCUUCGAAUGCAACAAGCUGGAGAAGCGAUUCUAAGAGCGCAGCAGGAAGUAGUUCGCUGAAGGCGCAAGCGCAAUUCACAAGCCAGCUUCCAGGCAGGGCUGGUCUCAAAUGGAUAAUCGUGGAGGGUACGGAAACAAUAGACCCUUCGGACGAUAGGAUCUCCCCGAGAUCUGCUGGCACAUGA